AUGUCCCCCCAGUCACUGCGUGCACAUGUAGGAGAAACAAUUAAUGUGACUUGCCCAGCCCGUAAUUCUGGGCCGGGAACCAGAAAGUUUGUCUGUAAGAAACCAUGCGGUGGGAAUGACGUCAGCAUCAAGUCUGAUCAGCCAUCGCAUGGGAGAUACACAGUGGAGAACUCAGAAACAGGACAGUUCAUUGUGACCAUCAGUAAACUGCAGAAGUCAGAUGCUGGGACAUACCGGUGUGGAGUGGGCGGCUUUAUGUAUCAUGACGUGGAUGUCACAGUUGUGGGCGAUGAUGAAAUUACCACUUCUGUUUUGAAGACGACUACUCAGCCCGCUGUGACAGAUCAUACAGGUGAGAGGUUUGUGAUGUCCCCCCAGUCACUGCGUGCACAUGUAGGAGAAACAAUUAAUGUGACUUGCCCAGCCCGUAAUUCUGGGCCGGGAACCAGAAAGUUUGUCUGUAAGAAACCAUGCGGUGGGAAUGACGUCAGCAUCAAGUCUGAUCAGCCAUCGCAUGGGAGAUACACAGUGGAGAACUCAGAAACAGGACAGUUCAUUGUGACCAUCAGUAAACUGCAGAAGUCAGAUGCUGGGACAUACCGGUGUGGAGUGGGCGGCUUUAUGUAUCAUGACGUGGAUGUCACAGUUGUGGGCGAUGAUGAAAUUACCACUUCUGUUUUGAAGACGACUACUCAGCCCGCUGUGACAGAUCAUACAGGUGAGAGGUUUGUGAUGUCCCCCCAGUCACUGCGUGCACAUGUAGGAGAAACAAUUAAUGUGACUUGCCCAGCCCGUAAUUCUGGGCCGGGAACCAGAAAGUUUGUCUGUAAGAAACCAUGCGGUGGGAAUGACGUCAGCAUCAAGUCUGAUCAGCCAUCGCAUGGGAGAUACACAGUGGAGAACUCAGAAACAGGACAGUUCAUUGUGACCAUCAGUAAACUGCAGAAGUCAGAUGCUGGGACAUACCGGUGUGGAGUGGGCGGCUUUAUGUAUCAUGACGUGGAUGUCACAGUUGUGGGCGAUGAUGAAAUUACCCCUUCUGUUUUGAAGACGACUACUCAGCCCGCUGUGACAGAUCAUAGAGAAUGA